ACUCCGACAGCCGGGUGUGGAGGAGAGGAGUCUUGGUAGCUUUUACUCCCCGACUAGCCGCUGGUGAGAGGCGCGGGCUGGCGCCCGUGAUCGCGGUGGCCCCCUUCAUGUCCAGCACUCUGCACCUGCCCAGUGACCAUGAUCGGUACGUGGUGCCUGUCAGUGUUUGUGAGGUUCAACUCCAGCCACGGCUUCCCGGUGGAGGUGGAUCCCACCACCAGCAUCUUCCAGCUCAAGGAGGCGGUUGCUAAGCGACAGGGGGUUCCAGCCGACCAGCUGCGGGUGAUCUUCGCGGGGAAGGAGCUCCGCAACGACCUGGUGGUGCAGGGCUGCGACCUGGACCAGCAGAGCAUCGUCCACGUGGUGCUGAGACCCGCGAGGGAAGGCCCGGAAAUGACCUCCGCCCCCGGCAGCGGGGGCCGUCCCUGGAGCGCCUCGGGGGCCUCUCGGAGGGAGCCCGAGAGCUUAACUCGCGUGGACUUCAGUGGCUCUGUCCUCCCGACCGACUCGGUGGGUCUGGCGGCCAUCCUGGUCGAAGACACGGAGAACAUCGCCCCGCCAGCCGGACGCCCAGCAGGUCGACCGGCCUACAACAGCUUCUAUGUUUACUGCAAAGGCCCCUGCGGAGGAGUGCAGCCAGGGAAGCUCAGGGUGCGCUGCGGCACCUGCGGACAAGCCACGCUCACCUUGGCCCAGGGCCCGUCCUGCUGGGAGGACGUCUUGGUCCCCGACCGGAUGCGAGGCGAGUGCCAGUCUCCAGGCUGCCCGGGCACCAGAGCGGAGUUUUUCUUUAAAUGCGGAGCACACCCGACCUCUGACCAAGAAACGUCCGUCGCUUUGAACCUGAUCACGACGAACAGCCGGAACAUCACCUGCAUAACGUGCGCGGACGUCAGGAGCCCGGUCCUGGUGUUCCAGUGCGACUCCCGCCACGUGAUCUGCCUGGACUGCUUCCACCUGUACUGCGUGACCAGGCUGAACGACCGGCAGUUCAUCCACGACCCUCAGCUCGGCUACUCUCUGCCUUGUGUGGUACAACCGGUACCAGCACUACGGCGCGGAGGAGUGCGUGCUGCGGAUGGGGGGCGUGCUGUGCCCCCGGCCGGGCUGCGGGGCCGGGCUGCUGCCGGGGCCAGAGCAGAGGGAAGUCACCUGCGGAGGCGGCGACGGCCUGGGCUGCGGACUCGUCUUCUGCCGGGACUGCGGGGAAGCGGCGCACGACGGCGAGUGCAGCGCGCCAGCCGCCUCAGUGGCCGUGGCUCAGGUCUACAGGGUGGACGAGAAGGCAGCCGAGCUAGCGCGGUGGGAGGAGUCCUCCAAAGAGACCAUCAAGCAAACCACCAAGCCCUGCCCGCGCUGCCGGGUGCCCGUGGAGAAAAACGGAGGGUGCAUGCACAUGAAGUGCCCGCAGCCCCAGUGCCGGCUGGACUGGUGCUGGCACUGCGGCUGCGAGUGGAGCCGCACCUGCAUGGCCGACCACUGGUUCGACGUGUAGCUGCCGCGGGGCGCGCCGCCAUCGGGCCCGGAGCACCGCGGCCUGCCCGCAUCGGCGACUCUCCCUCUCUGCACACAUGCACACGCGCACACACGGGCUCAUGCAACCAGAUACACCGCCACACACACAUGCACAUACAUCUACACAUGCACGCACACACCACACAUGUACCCCCCACGCUCAUGCACAUGUGCAUGCACAAGUGCACACACAUAAUACAUGCACUCAUGCACACGCCCACACAUGCACAUGUGUGUGCCCACAUGCGCACGCACGCAUAUACAUUAUACUCGCGUGCACAGGAGCGUGUGAGCACACGUGUGUGCACACACACGUGUGCCCACAGGCACCCAGUUCUUUCCGCAAUCACAGAAGCAGCCCGGGAGCGGCCUGGCCCCCCUUCAGCGUCCCCGUGGAAACCACCCUGUGGGCACUGACUGUGAGGCCGGCAGGAAGCUGUCUCGGGCCCCAGCAGCACGCGCACCAGAGCACAGGGGAAGCGCCACCCGUCUCUCGGAGGGACUGUCGCCCCUGAGUGCACUCAAGGCAAGCUGCACAAGCACCGCGAGAGGUUUCUCAGGUUUAAUUUCCUGCAUCUGGCCUCCAGCCCACGCCGGGAAGCAGCCAUCGGGGCGGCCCCGGGAAGCCGUCCUGCAGGUCUGUUUCGGUGGGUGAUUCUCCACGGUCGGCGGCAGCGGACUCCCAGAAUCCUCUCCGCCGCUCCGCGGCCGGUGCUCCGGUCCGCAGUUUCACGGGGCAUCGUCUCCCAGGGAAUCACCAGCAACAGUCACAGUGCUGUGUCUGUCCCCAGGAAUGCUGCCUCUACGUACCCCAUCGAUGGACCAGCCGCCCUGCAUAGAUCAGCUUGCCCACGAAGUGGGAAGUCAUGGGAGUUCAUCUGAAUGUUGAGUGUGGCCAUUGCCGGGAAGAAAUCAAAACAGAAUGUACUUUCAUUCGACUUAUUUGCAACUUUAGACAUUGUUUCUCUGAAAAUAUAACCAAAUCUGUAAUUUGGUUGGAAACGUUCAUUCUGCAGCUCAGAGAAUAAGCUAACAUUACACGUGGCCUCACUGUAAAUUUAAUGGACAAGGCUCCUGGGAAGGAGACGUUUUGGCGGUGGUCUCGUCGUGAUUCUCAGGGCUAACCAGAGUGCAGGCGGUUAGAACAGACCCUCCAGGAAGGCGCGCCUCCGGGACCACCGACACGAGCUGCGCCCACCCGUCCGCCCCGAGAGUGCCUGCUCUCUCUGCGCAAACCCACACGUGCCCCCGACCCGCAGAGCUCAGGGCCACUCCCAGGAACACCCUUCUCCCCGAGGCAGGGGACCCCACCAGGACAUUUCCUUGUGUUAGCAUGGACCGGAGCGGAGUGUUGAUCACGGUUUCUUUUCCUGCUUUUCUUGUUUUUCUUCCUUUUUUUGAGGCACUCGCAGCACACCAAAAAGACGCGUUUAUAUGAAAUACGGCCGACCCCGCUUUCUGCAGCACAGGCCGCACGUGUGACCGCGUGUGACCACUGCCUUCUCCGGUGGGUGGUGACGUCACUGGGUGCAUGUAAGUCCACUCGCACAUGGGAUCCCUUUGCAUUCAGGGGCCUGGGCCUGAGAAAACCAGCAGCAGGUCUCCUCUCCGUGGAAGUGGCACCAGAGACCCUGCCGUGGGAGAGAGGGGGCGACCUCAGGGCAUGUCCCCGGGACACCUGCCCUUCUUCCCCCACCCUGGGACAGGAGCGGGACGGGGAGGAGCCCCCACCCCCGGGCUGCCAGCCUCGGUCAGGAAGCCCGCAGGCCGGACAGAGAUCAUGGAGAGCCGAGGUUUGGGAGUGGGGGACAGGGGGAGGUCCCAGCAGCUGGUGUCCCGGGGACAUGCCCUGAGGUUGCCCCCUCUCUCCCACGGCAGGAGAGGUGGUGUCCAUGCUCAGUCCGCACCCACUCCGGCCUGACAUGCACUCCCGACAAUCCCAGUAAGCGGCAGCUCCUUGCCCCGAGGGACCCAGGAUUUUACGGCCCCCGUGGCCCGGGAUUCCACGGUGCUGCCGCUGCUGCCUCGGCGCGGACAGGCAGGGUGGGGCAGGCAGGGUGGGGCAGGCGUGCCGCGGCGGAGCUCCAGUGUGGUCGACACCCCCAGGCCUCUGCUCCUUUCCUGGCGGUGCUUUCUUUUGGGUUUUUAUUUGUUUGUUUUAGCAUAGAAUACUGAUUCUUGAAACUCAUUAAAGGGAGAACAGCCACUAUAAGUGAGUGUGAGUCACAAACUACUAUAAAUGAACUUGCCUGGGUGUGAAUGGCAUCUCAAACGGUGAGCAUUGCCAAAGAAUAAAAAUAAAGGCUUUGCUGAAGAAUCUCUAUUUUUCUCUGAAAUGCGUAAAGAAAUACCUGACAGCUAGGCUUAAGGUUGUAUUCGAAUUGUCAAUAAAAGC